CAGGAGCUGACAGAGUGUGGGGCGUGGGGCCAAGAGGAGCUGCGUAGCUCACGCAUGCGCAGUCCUGUACCGGCGUAGAAAGGCUGGCCUUACGGAUUAGAGUCCACUUUCUCAGGAGACAUGAUGAGUCAGAGUAAAGACAAUGCGCGGCUCAAGAGCUACAAGAACAAGGCGCUCAACUCAGAUGAGAUGAGGAGGAGGCGGGAGGAGGAGGGACUGCAGUUGCGCAAACAGAAGAAAGAUGAACAGCUCUUCAAGAGGCGAAACGUUGCAACGGUGGAGGAAGAUGGAGCACUGGAGGAGGAUGGAAUGGCCGACAGUGGCUAUCUGGAGUCCCAGGCCAACAACAUGGACGCCCUCAUGGGGGGGGGCAUAUCGGUGGACAUGACACAGAUGAUCUUUUCCAGUGCCCCCGAGCAGCAGCUCAUUGGCACUCAGCGCUUCCGGAAGCUCCUAUCCAAAGAACCCAACCCACCCAUUGAUGAGGUCAUAGCCACUCCCGGGGUGGUGGAUCGCUUCGUGGAGUUCCUGAAGAGGAGGGAAAACUGCACGCUGCAGUUCGAGGCUGCAUGGGUGCUCACCAACAUCGCGUCAGGGACGUCCCAUCAGACCAGGGUGGUCAUCCAGGCGGGGGCCGUGCCCAUCUUCAUAGAGAUGCUCACCUCAGACUUUGAAGAUGUCCAGGAGCAGGCUGUGUGGGCCCUGGGGAACAUCGCAGGAGACAGCACUGAGUGCCGGGACUACGUGGUGGACUGCAACAUCCUGCCCUCCCUAGUCCAGUUGUUGGCCAAGCAGAACCGCCUGACCAUGAUGCGGAACGCUGUGUGGGCGCUCUCAAACCUGUGUCGAGGGAAGAACCCGCCGCCAGACUUCAGCAAGGUGUCCCCGUGUCUCAGUGUGCUGUCCUGGCUGCUGUUCGUCAACGACACGGACAUCCUGGCAGAUGCGUGCUGGGCGCUCUCCUACCUGUCAGACGGACCCAACGACAAGAUCCAGGCUGUCAUCGACUCUGGGGUGUGCCGUAGGCUGGUGGAGUUACUGCUACACUCUGACUACAAGGUGGUGUCUCCUGCCUUACGCGCUGUGGGGAACAUAGUCACGGGAGAUGACCUACAGACACAGGUGAUCUUGAACUGUUCAGCGCUUCAGUCCCUGCUCCAUCUCCUCAGCAGCACCAAGGAGUCCAUCAAGAAGGAGGCCUGCUGGACCAUCUCCAACAUCACGGCAGGCAACCGAGCACAGAUCCAGUUGGUGAUGGAUGCAGGACUGAUGCCCCCACUCAUCGCCAUCCUGCAGGUGGCAGAGUUCCGGACACGUAAGGAGGCGGCCUGGGCUAUCACCAACGCUACCUCCGGGGGUUCAGCAGAGCAGAUCAGGCACCUGGUGGGCCUGGGCUGCAUAAGCCCGCUGUGUGACCUGCUGACCUUGAUGGACUCGAAGAUCGUGCAGGUGGCGCUGAACGGCCUGGAGAACGUGCUGCGCCUGGGGGAGCAGGAGGCCAAGAGAGGAGGGGGCAUCAACCCCUACUGUGCUCUCAUAGAGGAGGCAUAUGGCCUGGACAAGCUGGACUUCCUGCAGCACCAUGAGAACAAGGAGAUCUACCAGAAGGCCUUCGACCUGAACGAGCGCUACUUCAGUCCCGAGGAUGAGGACCCGGCGCUGGCCCCCGCCGUUGACAUGCAGCAGCAGCAGUUCCUCUUCCAGCAGUGUGAGGGCCCCGUGGAGGGCUUCCAGCUAUAAUGCCCCUCCUGCUCCAAUUCCUGCUCCUUCUCCGCUCCGCCGUCCAUCGUCUUCAUCACCUCUGUGCUUCUCCUCGUCCUCCUCCAGCCAGGGCAGAACCGUGGUCCCCUCAACUCCCACAGAUUGUUCAAGAUGAUUUGUGGUGCGGUACUUCUGCAUUCGUACUCCUAGUAGACCUCACCCCUCCCUGCCUGGCGGACCGCGCGUGUGUUGGCUUGCAACAGGAACAGCGUGGUGCUUUGCCAUCGCGGUAACCCUCCCCCACUAUCACCCAACGCCACACAAGACCCCCCUGGGUUUCCACCAGCGAUCUCAGAUUGGUGGAGGAUUCCCCCUCUCCCGGUGAAGAGGGAUUUGGCAAUAACCGCUUGUCUCAUUGAACUGCAGGUGUUGACUCUAGACAGACAAACACACAGACGUGAGUUUCCAUUUGAGUUAAUUUCCCCCAGGACGACCCCAAGAGAAGGCACUCUUAACCACUGGGCGGUGAUGAGUGACCCCAUGCAUCACCGUGGUCACCAGACUUAUUAUUCCACGGUCUGUUGAACUGUGGCAGGUCCCCCCUCCCGAAGGACUGGACUGACCGUAUUCCACUAGCAGGGCCUACAGGACAGAAUGGAAGUGACCUCCCUACCACUCCUCUCUAGCCGUCCGUCUAGCUACCGUUUGGCCAGAGUGAACGCAUUAGGAUCAGGACGGGUGUUUGGUUAAAGGAGCGCAGCUUGUUUCUCCGUUCUCAUUGGGUGUCCAUUUUGGAUCCCACACCAUGCAUUCCUUCUCCCAGUAACCACUUCUCUCACAACGGGCUCCCUACACUACAUGUGAGGAGCCAGGGGCGCACGUCCUCCCAUGGCGCCAUGGGAUCUCCAAUCUUCCAUGCACGGACACUGAACAAAGACUAGAACUAGGUGUGCUAUUGAACAAGACGCCUGCUGCACAGCAGAGCCGUGCGGGUGGCAAUUUGCAUUUCAAAACUGGGCUAUAAUCCCAUUACAUUUUUUUAAGCACUUUAGUUUGGGCCUCCUGACUGCCGGUAGUUUCUAAAUGCUUGACCCCGUUAUGAUUGUUUGACGUUGUUGGCACGUUACCCAACCAACCCGCUCAGGAAGUGAGGCGUGAACAGCACGCCCUGAAGCAGUUCCUUUUUCUGCCCCUCCCUGGUCUCGUCCGACCAUGGACCUGACCUGGAGUCCAUCGAGGACUUGGCCUGCUCACAUACAAGCUGGGUUCUCCAGUGGGGCCACUUUCCAAAACAACCAACAACCCUGACAGAAAACUCUACCAAUGGAAAAUCGGAUUCAAAUGUUUCUUUUAGGCAUCAAGAAAAUCCAAACUGUCGGCUUCCUCUGUGUUGCUCUGGUUACAUGAGCAAGUUUGGACUUGCCAAAUUAUUCAUACUCACAAGCUAAUCCUAAUUUAUAUUUCAAGUGUUCUUUUAAAUCAUGAUUUUAAAGUUGAUAUUAAAACAGCACAUCUUUAUCAGGUAGGCCUCUCGUCUCAACUCCUCGCUGCCGUUCCCUUUUCUCCCCCCAUAAGUUAAGUAGUUUCCUCAAUCCAGAUUUAACUUUUCUGAUGAUUCUCAUCUUUGAAAAAACUCAAUCAUUGUCAAGGCCUUUUUGUGGUUUGUCAUUUUGCAAAUUGCGUGUUCUACCAUGUUCAUUAUUCCAUCGAGUUUGUGCAACUGUCCUGUUUAAACUAUUUGCAUAAAAGCAGUUUCAUGAAUGAA